AUGGCCCAGAAAGAAGAGGCCCCUGCGGCUGCUGCGGCCGCUGAGCCCGCGGCGCCCGCUUCCCAGAAUGGUGAGGAUCUGGAAAACCUGGAUGACCCUGAGAAGCUGAAGGAGCUGAUUGAACUGCCUCCCUUUGAGAUUGUCACAGGGGAGCGGCUGCCCGUCAACUUCUUUAAGUUCCAGUUCCGGAAUGUGGAGUACAGCUCCGGGCGUAACAAGACCUUCCUGUGCUACGUGGUUGAAGCGCAGGGUAAGGGAGGCCAGGUGCAGGCCACCCGGGGGUACCUGGAGGACGAGCACGCCGCCGCCCACGCCGAGGAGGCCUUCUUCAACACCAUCCUGCCCGCCUUCGACCCGGCCCUGCGCUACAACGUCACCUGGUACGUGUCGUCCAGCCCCUGUGCGGCCUGCGCGGACCGCAUCAUCCGCACCCUCGGCAAGACCAAGAACCUGCGCCUGCUCAUCCUGGUGGGGCGCCUCUUCAUGUGGGAGGAGCCCGACGUGCAGGCCGCCCUGAGGAAGCUGAAGGAGGCUGGCUGCCGGCUGCGCAUCAUGAAGCCCCAGGACUUCGAGUACGUCUGGCAGAAUUUUGUGGAGCAAGAAGAGGGCCAAUCCAAGGCCUUUGAGCCCUGGGAGGACAUUCAGGAGAACUUCCUGUACUACGAGGAGAAGUUGGCGGACAUCCUGAAGUAGGCCACUGGGCCUAGCCUCACGUGAGUCAUGGCCCCAUGCUGUGUCCCUAGCCCUUCCCUUGGGUAGAAGGCUGGAGGGCCGGUGGAAUGGGUGGUAAGUUUGGUUUGCCCCCCUCCCCACCCCGAUGAAUUGCAUUUCUCUUUUGGUUGGCUGUAAGAACAUUUUAGGAGAUCCCAUUUCCUUUUCUCUUUCCUCUCAAUUCCACUCCCUAAACCCUUCCCGCUUCUACCCUUUUGUAUCAAACGAACUUUUCCCAUACCUUGUAAUACUCAAGGUUGACAGGAAUCCGAAAGCUCUG